GGGACGUCGACUCGACUUUAAUACAACCGUACUAAACUCCCGUUUUACAUAAAAUUGUCGUUCUAACUAUGGCGAUACGCAAACCAAUAUAUGAUUCCAAUCGAAGAUAUAUGAAUUAUGCAACUUUGGGCAGCAUACUUGCGUAUGAAAUUAAUAUGGUUUUAAUUGAGAAACAUAUUUCGCCGUUUACCAAGAAUUUUGUCUUUAAUAACAAAAAGCAAUGUUUUAUUGAUACCUGUAGAAAUUUAUAUCCGAAUAAUCAAAUGUUGUGUCAAGGAAUAAUCAUAAACCAAAGACUAAACCACAAUAUGGCUAAUGCUGCUGGAAUUUUGGUUGCAUAUUACGCAUAUAAAAAGAAAAACCCGGAGCAAAAUGAAGACAAUAUAUAUCAAAAAAGUAUCAAAAAUAUGACCGAAGACCAAAAAUUUUUUGUUGAUUAUGCGCGUAUGAUGUGCGAAUAUAUACCGCUGGACAAAGUGGAACUGUAUAUAAAAGAAUUUG